UGCCAGGUGCCGGUUCUCUGAGGUGAUGGGGUCCGAAAUUCCAGCUGGGGAAGUACCUGGUGACCAGGGCUCAUCCCCUGAGGAAGGAGCGUCGAGUUGCUCGUAUGGAGCUGCGCCUGGGACACCCGCCGCCGCCUGCCGAGCCCUGAGGCUCCUAGGAGCUGCCGGGGGACCGGGAGACCACCCGGCCGGGGAAGCCUCUGCGAAACCUGCUGUGGUCCCGCGUCCUCUGUAGGUCUGAAACUCCCCUGGCCACUGUCGCUCCCUCAUAAACACGGCCCGCAGGUUCCCUGGUGCGUUCUGUAAACCACUGAAGAAAACUCAAUAGGCUCGUAGAAAGAUACUGGUUCUUGACGCCUAAAACCGUCUGUUAGAAGUUGUAGUUUGAAGACAUAAGGGCACGUUGUCAAAGGGUACCAAGGCAGCUGGUAGCAAUACGAGGAAAAGAGGAAGAUUCCUCCUUCCACAGCACGGAAGGAUGGGAGGAGUGGUCCCCAGCAGCUUAUGGCAGCGUUCCUUCGAAGAGGAGCACAACUAGGGCAUAAUUCCUGACAGAAUAAAAAAAAAAGAGCUUUCUAAGUGGACAAAGUUGUCAACAGAUAACAAGCUGAACACCAAAUACCGAUUUUACAUUGAGCUGAAUUAUUUUAUUAAUCUUGUAUGAGCUGUACAGAAACCGCAUCCUGUGACAGAAGGGAAAGAAAACCACCACCCGCCUGCCUAAAAAAGAUCUUCUCAGCUAACACAGGUUUCUCUGUGUCUAUAUAUGAUGUGACAUCACAAAGCAUUUGUCUCAGGUGGCCCAAGUUUUCAGGAACCUCCUCUUACAGAGUCACAGCUACAGCUAUGAAUAGUGUAGACCAUUCAUUACUGGUUCAUUUUAGUGAUGUUACACUUAAAGGAACUCUAACUUCAUUAAUUCCCAGUACUAUUUAUGCUAUCCAAGCAGAAGCCAUUGACAGGAAUGGAAUUAUUCUUGCAGAAACACAGAUUAUGCAGUCCACAGCUCCAGACAUACCUGUUAUUGACCAAGCUUAUUCAAAACUUAGCAACAGUAUCACAGUGGAAUGGAAAGCAGUACCUGGAGCUACUAGUUACCUGUUGACUGCAGAAGAUGGAGAUUCCUUAAUUGAAACUGUAGUUACAAAUUCUCCAGGCACAGUGAUGGGGCUGAAACCUGCCACCUUAUAUAGACUCUCAAUCAGAUCUAUAAAUUCAGGAGGAAAAAGCCAGCCCUCACUCUUCAGAAAAGCAAAAACAGUCCUGGCUGCUCCAGUUCUGUCUGUUAGUUCUCCGAGUUGUGACUCCAUUGCAGUGAGCUGGAAAGUUAUGCAUAUGGCAGCUGGAUUCUCAGUGUCCCUCAUGAGAUCAGAUGGCUUGGGCAGAAUGCUGAAGGAGAACACCACCAACACCUCAUUGAUAUUUACAAAUCUAGAUCCAGGAACGCUCUAUACUAUCAAGGCAUAUGCCUGGAAUGUCAAUGGGAUACCUGGAGAUGAUUUCACAUGCAACCAAAGAACAAGUCCCAAGGCACCAGCAGAUGUUCAAGUAUUUUUUCAUAGUGGUGCUUCAAGAGCUAUUGUUUCUUGGAUGCCAGCCAAAGGAGCUCUAACUUACAGUGUGACAGCCUCCAGUGGACUCUUCAAACUGAACUGUAACACAUCUUCUACCUCCUGUCUGGUGCUAUCACUCCAGUGUGGCUCUGAAUAUUCUAUUUCUGUCACAGCAUACAAUGAUGCUGGAUCCAGUAAACCUACUGAUGCAGUAAGCUUAAAAACUAUUCCUUGUGCACCAGUAAAUGUAUCAAUUGAGGAGGAUGAACCUGGCCACUUGUUGGUAUCGUGGUCUAGCGUCAAUUUUGGUCACUAUUAUGUGGUUUUUGUGAAAAGUGAUGAUGGCUUUGAAGUGCACUGCAACACAUCACAUACUCAUUGCCAUUUCCAGUCAGACUGUGGCUUCACUUACUUCAUUAGUGUCUUUGCAUACAACAAGGCAGGGCAGAGUCCUUUAGGUGAUGUAUUCAAUUACACUACUGCACCUUGUUGCCCCAGUGACUUCAGGGCCGUGUUCGUGUCGAGCGACACUGUGCGGGUCACCUGGGCUCCUGUCCGCGGGGCUGAAAUGUACGAAACGAGAGCUGUUGGCUGGAGCGGCGCGGUGCUCUGCAACGACACCGCCACAGCCUGCACCUUGUCUGCCCUGCAGUGCAACACCCACUAUAACGUCACGGUUUAUUCUUUCAGUGAAGCCAGGGGCAGCAACACGUCGUGUGCAUCUAAGGACGUGGCAACAGCUCCCUGCAGUCCUGAAAUUAAAAAUAUCUCAAAGGAGGCUCUAUCUGUAAUCAGUGUGCACUGGCAAUCUGACAAUGAAGAAGCAACAUAUGUUGUCACUGCCAGAGGAGAAGCUGGACUUUGGCAUUGCACAAGCUCUGCAAAUUCCUGUACCCUGAUUAAUCUUCCCUGUGGAUCUGCUUUCUCUGUCAGCGCUAUAGCAAGAUCACCAGCAGGACAGAGCUUGCCAAGCUACAGUGUCCCUUUAGAGACAGCUCCCUGUUGUCCUAGUGACCUGAUACUAACUCAAGUGACACAGUCUGUAACAAAUAUCAGCUGGUCUGUUGGAGUGGGUGCACAGACAUACAUAACAAUGCUGGAGUCUCCAAAAGGACAGGCAAAGUGUCACACUCUUCAAAACUACUGUCUCCUGGGAUGCAUCACAUGUGGCACCAACUAUACAGUAUCUCUGAAAGCAGUCAGUGAAACGGGUUUGACAUCCAGUUGCACAUAUCAAGGAUAUUCUUCCAGUGUUUGCUGCCCUUCUGGGGUGAAGCUAUAUAGACUUGGCAAUAAUGGUAUCAGGGUGUACUGGCAAGCUUCUGACAAAACAGUAAACUACAAUACUGAUUUAUUUGGCUCAAAAGGCAAUUUCACCUGUACCCCUAUCUCAGGUCUAAGUCACUGUGUUAUCACCAAGAUACCUUGUGGGGAUGUCUACACAGUGGUAGUAUCUCCAGUUACUGAUAAAGGGCCGAGGCUUACAUUUUGUCCCAAAAAAAUAUAUUCAGUUACCUGUUCUGGAAGCUCUGUUGGAAUGGUGAUUUAUAGAGGAAAGAGCAAUGCAGAACAACAUACCUAGAUGGAAAUUCUGGUUCAGAUAAGGAGAAAUUUUCUCCUAAUGACCCCAAGCCAAAUGCCCACUGCAGCUGUACUGCCAGCAACUGCAACAGACCAUUCAACACUGGAGACUCAUCUUACAAUUUCUGAUCACAGCUGCAUUGUAGAAGUGCUGUGGAUUUGUUCCUUCCAGUUUCAAGGAAGGUCACAUGAAAUAGAAUGGCAUAAAAAAGACAAAAAGGAAUUAAAGAGUCCCUGGCUCCAAACCGAAGAGCUGCAUGAUACUAAAUCCCAAUGGUAACUUAAGACUGGCAUCUUGGUUUAAAUCGUUUUCAUGGGUCUUGGUUAGUUACAAAUAUUGUGCUAUCAAUUACACUGCUAGCUCAAGCACAUAAUACAGAUCCAAUUAAAUGGAAAAACUGAGAAAGUACUAUUAAUUGAAAAAUAAAAGUUCUUAAAUUACUACACUUGUAAGAGAUACUGGCGCAGGCUGGUCUUUGCACAAGCUGUAUCAAAAUGUUCACUCUAUUAUACUUAAGUGGCUCUCCCUGCUUUCAGGGCAAAUACUGUUUCUCAGUUACCUCAGUUUUACCUCCAAAUAAAUAAUGCUUUAACUGUAUUUCUCAAUAAUGGCAGCAGAUGAGGAGCAGUCAAAGAACAACUGGAAAAUGGUAAUCCAUUUUCCCUGAUAAAACACUGGCCUUGCAGCCUUUCUGUCCUGUUUUGGAAACUCACAGGCUGAAGGUUAAAAACUACCAAGACCAAAAGAAGUCUUCUAAGUGGCAAAUAAGGUAAAGUUGUCCUCAUAGGUUUGACAGAAUCCAUGCAAUCUCUUACUGGACUGCAAAGACCUUUGUAAUAUUCUAUUAGCCAUGGUAUUUCUUAAAUGGACAAGAGUAUUUCUCCUCCCUUAUUACUUGACAACUCAGUAUUGUGGUUUUACAGUGCAAUGGAAUUGUUGAAGCUUAAGCUGUGUGUCAAGCUCAGAUUUAAAAUCAGGUAACAAUAUAGUACCUGAACAACCUGAGCAUUAAGAGAUUUUGAAUACUAAAAAUCACUAAGGUAACUAAAGGAAAGACUAACAAUUCAGUAAACAAUAAAAGCAGGGAGGAAGAAAAUCCCAGGUUUUUUACUUCUUUGAAUACUAUAAGAGUAUUUUAAGAAAUUCAAGAACUGUUUGUUUUCUCCUGGAGGUUUAAAAAUAUCCUAGUAUUUGAGUAUCAUGCCUAGACUACCUGCAUAACACAGAAUCAAAAAAGGCACAAAUAUCAAUUUAUUUCUACCUUCAGAUCGCUUCAUGAUCACGAACGAGUCACACUUUAUGUUCUUCCUAUUUUGGGGCUUCUGCAUUUGUUAGCUACAUCUGCCUUAAAGGGAACUUAUUACAUAAAAUCUUCUAUCACACAGAGUGUCACUCAGUCUGAAAUUGAAACAUGGAGCAACUCAAACACUCUUUAACUGGCAACGAACAUGCAGGGAAAAGCUGACACUCAGUACAAAGGAAUUAAUUGAGAGUUUAUUCCAGAUGCUUCUCCUCACUUAGUAUACAAGUCAUCAGAAUAAUCUAUCAAAUAGACUUGGACUUAAAUGAUAUUAUUUUCUUCUGUUAUGUAUUUUGGUUUUUACUUCUAACAACCUGUUUAAAAAAAAAAAAUCUGCCAGAUGAAAUGUUCAGCACAAACUGCAAUCCUUACUAUUUGUAAAAAAUAUGACUUAAAAAAGGACACUAUCAGGUAAUUCUUAAUUUUAAGUGUUUACACAUAUAAAAAUGCUUUGGAAGCUUGAAACUGAAA